AUGCUGCCCCUCAUGGACACUUGCACCGACGAGUUCCUGGAAGUUCUUGACUCUCUGCACGAACAGGAAAAGGCUUUCGAAAUAAGGGAGGUAUUCCAGAAGCUUUCAUUGGACGUGAUUGUGCGGUCGGCCUUCGGGGUGCAAUCGAACGUUCAGAAGAAUCCAGGAACGACGGGCAUGAACGCGAUCGUGAAGAUGAUUCUGGACGGCCUCAACGAAUUCCGCACGGGCUGGAUGGAGUUUUUUGUUGCUUGUUUUCCAGAAUUUUCUUUGGUAUGGAAGCUGGUUUUGAUGUGGAGACAACGUUUUAUGAAAUUACCCGUGGACAAAAUGUAUAAUUGCAUUAUGCCGAUCAUUGAUAUACGCCGGUCUAACCCCGAGGCUCGUCGGCAAGACCUGUUGCAGCUAAUGCUGAAUGCUGAGGCUGUAAACGUCCACCAGCUCACGGUUGGCAACGACGGCGAGGCACCUAAGUCCGCUGAAUCUUCGAUGAGCGCUCGGAAGCAUCGGUGCCUGUCCAACGCUGAGGUUCAAGCCAACGCGGUGCUGUUCCUAGUCGCUGGUUUUGAGACGACGAGCACGGCUUUGACGUUCACGACUUACCUGCUGGCAAAGUUCCAAGACGUCCAAGACAGACUGAGAAGCGAAAUAAGUGACGUAUUGGAGAGAGACGGAAGGUUCAACUACGACAACGUAUUCAGCAUGCGUUAUUUAGACCAAGUAAUCACCGAAUCCUUUAGGUUCUAUCCACCACUCACCGGAUUCAUCACGAGGACCUCUCAUCAGGAAUACGAAUACAAUGGGCUUAAGAUUCCCGCUGGAAUGAAUAUACUGAUUCCCCCGUUCCAAAUUCAACGGGAUCCAAACUUGUGGAGCGAGCCCGAGAAGUUCGAUCCGGAGAGAUUCAGCGUUGAAAAUAAGGGAAACAUCAAAACAAUGGCCUUUCAAGCCUUUGGCAACGGACCCCGAAACUGUGUGGGAAUGCGCUUCGCCAAACUCGAGAUGAAACUGACUCUGGCCAAGAUGCUGGCAAAGUACAAAUUUCUGCUCGACGAAAGACACAUCAAGGAAGAUCAACUCAAGCUGGGCUCUAGCUUCGUUUUUUCCUAUCCCCUUGACGGAGCUUGGUUGAAAGUGGAGAAGAUAUGAAUUUCGAAUGACUCUUCGAAAGAACUGUACAUAAAUAAAUU